UUCACUGAGAAAAUAUAAUGGUCGGUUUAAAAAGACGCUGCAACUUCUGAGCGGAAGACUUCCUUGUGGGCAUAUCAGCGUUUUCUUUGCCAACGAGGAAGCAUUUCCCGCCAUGGCGUCGCCUUUUCUCAGUCUUCUAACGUCCCUUCUGACGUGUGUGUUCCUGUGCUCUGCCCAGUCGGUCUGUAGACCACCGUCAGACGAGAAAUGUGUGUGUAAUGUGAAUUGUGGGAAUGACGACGCACUUCGAGCAGAGCUAGAGAAACUCAAAAUCGCAGUGGAGCAACUUUCACAGACCGGGACGGGUGGAUCUGAAGCCAACGACACAGCGGCCGACAAGCCCCAAGACUGUCAGGACAUCCUUGACAACGACGAGACCACGCCCAGCGGCGUGUACAUGCUUUAUCCACGGGACAACCUGGGCGGCUUCCUGGUCUACUGUGAUAUGGACACGGACGGAGGCGGCUGGACAUUGUUCCAAAGACGCCAAGACGGAAGCGUGGACUUCUACCGGGGCUGGGCGGACUACAAGACCGGCUUCCCUUCCAACCUGAACGGCGAGUUCUGGCUGGGGAAUGACAACUUGUACCGCCUGGCUGUGCAGAAAGUCUACCAGCUCAGGGUGGAUUUGGAGGAUGUGGAGGGGAACACGGCGUACGCCGUCUACGACACGUUUGCCAUCUCACCUGAAUCACAGAACUACAGGCUCCACAUAGGGACUUACAGCGGUACUGCAGUUGACAGCUUGACGGUGCAUGAUGGGAAACAAUUCAGUACCAAGGACAGAGAUGACGACGAGGAUCCGGUCAGCUGUGCUCAGUCGUACAAAGGUGCGUGGUGGUACCAAAGUUGCCACAGCUCCAACCUGAACGGCCUGUAUCACCUGGGUACUCAUGAGAGUCACGCCGACGGCGUCAACUGGUCCCACUGGAAGGGCGUUAACUAUUCCCUGAAGCGCACUGAGAUGAAAAUCCGACCAGCUCCAUAAGGCCACAGCAAGUAAAUUUUACGGAUGACAUUCUCCAUAGACUCCAAAUAUUAUGCGAGCGGGCGAAAAACAAAACGAGGUGGGCCGAAAAGCAAGAUUCCUACAUUUUGGGUCACAGGUCAGAAGCAAGGCGCCCGCCAGUCAUCCAUGAAAAUUAUUUGGUGUGGAUAAAAAAACUUAACAUGCACUUCGGCUGUACAUUUUACUUUCUUAUUUCAGUUUCAAGUUUAAAGUACAUUAAUGUUACCUUAUAACAACGGCUUCCUUUCUGAACAGAAUUAGAACGGCAUGUCCAAUAUUGUAAGAUUAAUUUGUAACCGUACAGCUAAAAAGAGACAUCAGAAUUAGUUAUUCAGGAUUGUAGAACGUCAUGUCCCAUAUUGUAAGAUUAAUUUGUAACCGUGCAGUUAAAAUGAGACAUCAGAAUUAGUUAUUCAGGAUUGUACUUCGCAGAACCUGUUAUAUUCUUAAUUAAUGCUGUGAUUGGCAUAUCGUAAUUUAGUGACGUGUAUAUGUAAUAUCUUCCAUAGUACGCAGCUCAUGCACUAUUAACUUCAUUGGUUUCAAGGAUUUCUGUUUGUCCGUUCGGGCGUAAACAAGUAAGCUAUUUUCCUUAUAUAUUUAUUAACCCAGACGAACCUUCAUGCUAACAUCAAUUAUUUCCUGUGCCGAAAUUUGCAUAUCAGAAUCAAAAGAACACGUAGAUGACAGGGCAGAAAGUACAGCUGGCCGGUGAGUCUGGUUGUUUGCUGAAUUUGAACAGCCCAGAGUUUAAGGGUCAUCGUUCCAUUUUGCAAUUUUGCAAUUUUGAUUCAUUUUAAAAAUACAUCUUAUAUCGCUUUCAAAAGGCCAUAAACAUGCGUCGCACCUGCUUAAAAGUUCCACGUCAGUUUUUCUAGCGUAAAACAUUUAGAGAUAAUACAGUAUACAAUCAGGUUGGGCUAGUUACCAGUUCGACAUUUUUUUUCUAAUAACAGUCUUUUAUGUAUUUGUGCAUUGUAAGAGUUGCUGCAUUUAAAUAUAAAUAUAAAACAUUCAAUAAUGAUAUGUUCUGCCCAUAACAUUGAGUUUGUUGAAUUUUAUUGCAAAUUUCUGCCCGAAGGUUAAUUGUGUAUAAGGAUAUCUUUUAUAAGGAUAAAAGAAAAUGAAAACAGAGUACAAAAUAACUGUACAAUAUGCAAAAAGUAAUUGUCUGAAACUAUAAUUAUGCAUAUAUGUCUAAAACUAUGUCUAAAGGGUUUGACCUCUCUUCUGUAAACCAUGGAAGACGUAAUGUCCGACCUUUUCUAAAAUUCGUUGGUUUGGGGUAGUUAGACAAAAAAAAAACAUUUCACACCGUCAUUGGGUGGGAAGUUUGUCUUGUGCUUCCAACAUCUUUGUUCUUUAUUUUAUUACGUUGUGUUACAUAUGUAUUAUCAUCUGUAUAUCAUUUAUAUUUGAUUCCUUUGUCAAUCUAAAUGUAUCCUAUUAUUAUGUGUAAGUGGUAGUGUUAAAAUAGCUACUUGAUCAGUGUGUGUGUUACCCCUGGGUGUUGAUGACAUAAACAAGAAUUCGGAGAUCUCUUACCUCCAUGAAACAUGUGAAGUUUAUGUAAAUGUUUUUCAUUUGUCUCAUUGAUUAUGUCAAUAAGAUCGUAAUUACCAUAAUGGAGUUUAAUUCAUGAUUUUCCUAACUCAAGUAACAAUGUUUUUCUUGUGAAAUUCCUGUCUUACGGCAAUAUUUCAAUUCAACAUGUACAUGAUCAGGACAAAAGAUACAAAUCGGAAGUUUUGCUGCAGGAAUGUUUGCAUGGCACUGUCAUGAUUUCAUGAUUCUUGGAAAGCCCUAGUAAUGUUACGAAUUUCAUUGAAUACCUCAACUCUGGUGUAAUUUUGAUUGAGCUUGAUAAGGGUAAUCUGUGCGUAGGUGACAACACCGACCCUCGUGUCGUUUUC